AUGGAUCAUAUUGAAGCGCAUCUCCAUCACACUCACGUGGAGCCCAUCAGCUUUGGGAUCGACCACAUCCUCAACAACGUGGAUCAGAGCUGCAUGCUCGGCGGUAGGAUGCCCGAGUCGGACUAUGGACUCGGCUGCGUUGUCAGCACUGCCUACAACACCAUGACCGGUAACUUCACCGGCAACAACUCUGGAUAUAACAGCAACGCAUAUGGGGUAGCCAAUCUGAGCGGCACCUAUAACAUGAACAUGGGGAUGAACGUCAGUGGGAAUAACGGAGUCAUCCGUGUGCCUGCGCACCGGCCUCUGAACAGUGGACACUCGUCCAUCCCCGGUGGUAUGUCCACCAUGCCAGGCUCGAUUAACAACCUGACGGAAUUUACCUUCCCCUGGAUGGAGAGCAACAGAAGAUACACCAAAGACAGGUUCACAGUGGCGCUUUCACCCCUCACUGUAACACGCCGUGUAGGUCACCCGUACCAGAACCGAACGCCCCCUAAGAAGAAAAAGCCCCGGACGUCUUUUACCCGCCUGCAGAUCUGCGAGUUGGAGAAACGCUUUCACCGACAGAAGUACCUGGCUUCCGCAGAGCGCGCGGCUUUGGCUAAGGCCCUCAAGAUGACUGACGCGCAAGUCAAAACAUGGUUCCAGAACAGAAGAACAAAAUGGAGACGCCAGACAGCGGAGGAGAGAGAAGCAGAGCGACAGCAGGCCAAUCGGAUCCUCAUGCAACUCCAACAGGAGGCUUUUCAGAAAACGAUAAACCAACCGGCAAACCCGGACCCGCUCUGCCUACAUAACAGCUCCUUGUUUGCGCUUCAGAACCUCCAGCCGUGGACUGAAAACACCGCCAAAAUCAGCAGCGUGUCCGCCUGCGAAUAACAAACUCUGACCGCUUUUAUUUUCUCUCUUUAAAGUGAUUGUAGUAAUAUAGGGAACAACUUUUUAAGAUCAUGAAGAGGAGUUGAAAAAAUAUGACACACGAGGACCAGGAUUUAUCUGACACUGCCUCGAAAAAAGUUUAGGUUGAUAGUGUCAGUGAAUUUAAGCCAGGACACGAGCCCAAUAGCAACGUGCUUUUUGAGUUUCAGUUUAUCUGCCUGUUUUUACGUGAAUUCAUUUCGGAAGUUUUAUUUACAAUUUUCAGUAGAACAUAAUCCAGUCCUAAUUAUGGACUAAGCCUAUAGAUAGACCUUGAUAUAAGUUAAUAAUAAGUAAGCACUUAUUUUAGCACUUUCUCUUACAGGAAAACGUAUAGAUAUUCAUACCUGAUCAUUUGAGGAAUAGGCCUAAUUCAAGAAAAAUGUAUCGAUUCGUAAUAAUAAUAAUAAUAUGCCAUUUAGCAGACGCUUUUAUCCAAAGUGAC